AUGCUUGCUGCUAUACAUUACCGUAUUUGUCAAUCGUUUAAUAUUCUUCAAGCAACUAUUGUACGUCUUACAUUUUGUAUACACAAUAUAAUAGCAACAUAUUUUCUUUAUGAUGAUAUUAAAGAUUAUUGGUGUUUACUUAAUUUAUGUGGAACAAUUUUUAUAUUAAUUGAACUUGUUGUUACAAUUAUUGAACGACAAGGACUUGAACCAAAAUGGUUUUCACCUUCAUUUCUUAUUUUUAUUCUUACAUCGAUGCCAUCUUUAUGGUUACUUGAAAUGCGUCGUGUUGCUCAUCGACGAUUAAGUUUUAAUCAAAAUAAUAAUAUUACAAAUACAGCACCAUUCGAUCAAUUGAUACUUCGCAUGGGUAAUGAUGAAUUUGAUUAUAGUCAUGCACUACCAUAUAAUGUUUUAAAGACAACGUUUCAAAUGAAUGUUAAUUUAGAUACGAAAAUUAUGGGUCUUGAAUUAUCACUUCUUCUUCUAAUUGUUAUUGGUCGUUGGGUAUUACCAAAAGGUAUAACAAGUCGUUCAAAUUUAUCUCAACUUCUUCUAGUUUAUAUGUCAAUUGCAUCGGAUAUUGUUGAUUUAUUAACAAUAUUUAAUGAAGAUCAUGUUCUUGCUUCACAACGUAUGUUAUUUGCAACAUUAAUUGUUUUAUCAUGGUCAUUAUUACAAUUUGCUACAAAUAUGUCAGCAGCUGGUAAAAAUAAUCGUUCAACACAUUCAGAUAGUUUUCGUAAUAGUGCAAAGAAACGUCGUCGUCGAGGAAUGUUUCUUUUGUAUCCAAUGCAACGUUUAUUUGAAAAUGAUGCAUGGUAUUUAUAUGAAUUAAAUUUAAUGAGUUGUUCAGCAACACAAUUAGCUUUACGUCUUGUUGCUGUGAUUAAAUUUGAUGUUCAUAGUUAUUCAACAUUAUUUUUUACAUGUAAAAAUGGUAUUAUUCUAUUUUUACAAUUUUAUCGUCUUAUUGCCGUAUUAACUGAACAUGAUAGUUAUGAUGUUGGAUCAUUAUAUCAAACAACAUCAAAUACUGAUCCACAAAUACAAACAGUUGCUAGUAGUAUAAAAAUAAAAAAUGAAUAUAGUUCAAAAUUAUCAACACAAGAAGAUAUAUCAUUAACUAUGUAA